AUGAGGUUCUCCUCCAACAUUGCAACGCUCGCCCUAGGCCUCUUGGCCUCCACGGCUUGUGUUGCCGCCGCCGAUGCCGAACCUACGCCCAAGGCCAACGAGGAUUCUUUCGUGCGCGGCACCUAUAUCGUUGAGCUCGAGGGCGAACAGGAUCCGGAUGCGCUGUACAAUGAACUCCGGUCUGAGGGUUUGGAUGUCGUACCCCGGCUGGAUUUCAAGUACCGCCUUUUCAAAGGUGCAUCUUUCCGCGUUGAAGGUGACGAGGAACCCGACGUCACAACUAGCAAGAUUGCUGGGAAGCUCAACGUGAAGGGAGUUUGGCCUGUGCGCAAGAUUCAGAUGCCCAAGUUGAAUCCCAGCUCUGUUGGUCGCAGCGACAAUGCUACAAGCGAUCAGCUGUUGCAGUCUAUUAAAUACCGACGCGACGAGGCGGCCAAGGACACAUACAGCACGCAUGUCAUGACUCAGGUCGACAAGCUCCGCGAGGCCGGGUUCACUGGCAAGGGAAUCAAGGUCGCCAUUGUCGACACAGGUGUAGAUUAUAGACAUCCAGCCCUUGGAGGUGGCUUUGGCGAGGGCUUCCCCGUCGGCUACGGAUGGGAUCUCACGGGCGACGCCUACACCGAAAGGUCAGAUGCGCCCCAGCCCGAUGCUGACCCUCUCGACUCGUGCCAGGGUCAUGGAACCCAUGUUGCGGGUAUCAUCAUGGCGCAGGAAAAUGAGCUUGGCUUCACCGGAGCUGCGCCAGACGUCACGCUCGGCGCGUACAAGGUCAGCGGCUGCGCUGGCUAUACGACCAGCGAGAUCUUGGUCCAGGCGUUCUACAAGGCCUACGAGGAUGGCAGUGACGUCAUCUCAUGCUCUGCUGGCGACGACUCCGGCUGGACUGAGGAUGUGGCGGCCGUUGCUGUCUCUCGUAUCGCUGAAGCCGGUGUCCCCGUCGUUGUUGCGGCUUCAAACUCCGGUGGCUUGGGUGUUUGGGCCGUUGCUUCGCCAGCAUCCGGAAAGUCUGUAGCUGCAAUUGGUUCCGCUGAUAACACUAUUCUGCCUACUCUGAUGACUCGUGGCUCUUUCAAGAAUGAAACGGGCGAAUUCGCCUUUGGAUGGCAAGGUAGCACGCCUCCCGUUACUGCGAACGUUACCCUGAGGCUUUGGGUUGGAGGAGUGAACAACACCGCAUGUGAGCCUCUCCCUGAAGAUGUUGACUUGACGGAUACUCUCCCUGUUUUCAAUAUCAACGGGUGCUCCUCUGACACGCAAGCGGCGAACGUGCUUGCCCGUGGGGCCAAGUAUAUCUUCUUCUACCCUGAGAGCGAAUCGAGAAUGCAUUCCCCAUACAUCUACGUCGAUGGAAUUGAGGGUAGCGGUAUGGUCACUCCCCGCCAGGCCAGCGAGUGGAUUGCCAACCCCCAGAACGUCACCGUGUCCAUCGGACCUCCAGCUUCCUCCGGCGUUAUCGCAGAGUCUUUCAGCAACGGCCCUACUGCCGGUUACGUGAGCAGUUUCAGCAGUUACGGCCCGAGCUGGGAGCUUGAAAUCAAGCCUCAGUUCAUUGCUCCCGGUGGUGGCAUCUUGUCCACUUGGACGUGGGACCAGGGAGCGUACAUGGUCAACCCUGGAACUUCAAUGUCUACACCGUUUGUUGCCGCUGUUUACGCACUCGUAGGCCAGGUCCGGGGAACUUUUGAUCAAGAAAUACUCCGCAACGUGAUUGCUGCUACUGCGCAGCCCAAGGCGUGGAACGACGGCACCACCGUGAGCGAGGACCUCCUUGCUCCUGUGGCCCAGCAGGGCGCUGGUCUUGUUCAGGCCUGGGAUGCUGCUUACGCCACCACAAUUCUGAGCUCCAGCGGUAUCUCAUUCAACGACACUGACAACUUCGUGAGUGAGCAUACCUUUAGCGUCAAGAACACUGCUUCCGAGGCAGUCACCUACAAACUCGGACACGCCAAGGCUGCGACUGUCUAUACCUUCACUCCUGGCGAUGCCCAACUCGUCGUUUCUCGUGCCCCUGUUCCGACCGCAGAUGCCUGGGCAGAGAUCAAAUUUGACACGGACCCCUUUACCGUCCCAGCGGGAGGCAGCGCCGAAGUGCACUUCGCCGCCGUCCCUCCGACUGGACUCAACGCCACCCUUCUUCCAGUCUACAGCGGCUACAUCACUCUUGAGGGAAGCAAUGGCGAGACCCUUUCACUGCCUUACCUAGGCGUUGCCGGCAGUAUGCACGAUACCCCCGUUCUGGUUCCCGGCAUUGCACUGAGUGGCGUUUACCUGUCCUCGACUGACAACCACUUCCUCAUUCCCGUUAACGCUAACCGAACCUUCACCGUCCCCCGCCCCGGUGCCACUGGCAACGCCAUCUACCCUAAGAUGGUCGUUACCCCGACUCUGGGAACCACUCAGUUGCACGUCGAGCUUGUUGCCGUUGGGGCCGCGAGCAACUCGACACUCAAGGUUACGGAUCACCUUGGUUACCCGACUCUCGGCGCUUUGCCCGCGUCGCCUGUUCAGUUUGCUCACCGUUUUGGAUAUACUUGGAACUUUGGUGGCCAGCUUGCCGACCGCACAACCGUGCCUGAGGGGACUUACAAAUUCAUUGCUCGUGGCCUUAGAAUCUUUGGAGAUGAGACAAAGGAUGAGGACUGGGAUGUUGUUGAGACUGUCAUUUUCAACCUGAAGUACCUUGCCUAG